AUGGCAGAAACAAUUCUUUCUAACGAGCCAAAUCAUGAUACUUCAGAAACCUCAAAACCUACAUCAAAACCUCAAACUUCUACUGAAAGUAAACGAUCUUUGCGUAGAAAUCGUCCCGGAACUAAACAUGAAGAUGCUUACCAAUUUCCUUAUAUUUCACUAGAACAAAUUGAUUCUGCUUUUGCGUUACAAGAAUAUCUACAGUCAUUGAUAAGAGCCGACAAAGAUAACCUGGAUGCUCUAGUAGAAUUACCUCCGGGACAAGAUCAAGAGACUUGGCAAUAUGAGCAUUUGAGUGUUUAUACUCGAUCAAAUUAUAUUAAUUUUCAACUGGAAGCUGAAUGCACUCGUCAGUCUUGCCCCGAGAUGAAAGCUGAUGAAUGGCAAUACCUUUGCGCUGCACACCAAGCUCCAACGAAUUGUUGUGCGAUUGAUUAUAUUGUACAUACGUUAGAUGGAGCAACGACUUUAUUAAACAGUCACAAAUAUUUUCCGAGCAGGAUAUCCAUUCCUGAGACAUCACUGAAACAUUACCAGUCUAUCGCAAGACGACUUUACCGAAUAUUCGCACAUGCAUGGUUUCAUCAUCGAGAAAUAUUCGAAGCUUUCGAGGCAUAUCAUUCUCAAUUCAAUGAUAGGACUGAAUUUCGAACAGUAGGUAACAUGGCGUUGUUGCCUAUAAAGACAAAAUUAAGAGGUCCACCAUCCUUAGCACCCGCUCCCCCAGCAGAGGAUGAUGUCAUUGAUGAAGCAUUAGACCUUUUUAGAGCCAAUUGUUUAUUUCGAAACUUUGAGAUAAAAGGCAGUGCGGAUAGAGUUUUGAUUUAUUUGAUCUUAUUUAUUAGUGAUUGUUUGUCUUGUUUGAGUAAAGCAGGAAAAAAUACAUCACAAAAAGAAGCUGUAAAGAUAUUGAAUAGUCGUGCUUUAGAUCAAUUUGCACUUCCUGGAGAUCCAACUUUUCCAUUGAAUGCUUUAUAUACUUCACCUGGUAGCGAUGCAGGUUCGAUUAUCUAA